AUGACUCGAUCGUGUCUUUUGUUUAACUGCCCCUCUUGGUUGCGUGGUUCCGCUCUCUUUAUGCCCCUCCUCCCUCGCUCUUUCCUCCUGCCCAAGUCGCGAUUUCUGUUUUCUUCCAUAUCAGUCAUCUCCGUCAGGCCCAUGUCGUCUCGUCAACAGCCGCCAUGGCGGCAACCUCCCUCUCGGACGGGAGUAGAGCUUCCGCCGUUGCAGAUGUGGAACUCGCUCACCAAGUCUAAGACGCCCUUUGUUCCGAUCGACCCAGCUGGAAAGAAGGUGACUUGGUACGCGUGCGGACCGACUGUCUACGACGAUGCGCACUUGGGACAUGCUCGAAACUAUGUCAGCACCGAUAUCAUUCGUCGCAUUAUGCGCGACUACUUCAAGUUCGAUGUCAAUUUUGUUAUGAACAUUACAGAUGUUGACGACAAGAUCAUUCUGCGCGCCAGACAACAAUACCUGUUCAACGAAUACGUCGCCGCGAACCCCGCAAUUACCCCAGAGGUCUUGGACACGGCCAAGAAGGCCUACACAGCAUACCUUAAGAAGAACCUGACGUCGCUCGACCCCGAACUGCCCCCCGCGCAAUACCAGAAGGAGGUCGAGAAGGCAUAUGCGACUGUGCUGAGCGGCGGUGCUCUACCAGGCAAUGAGAAGGCCGGUGAUGAUGAGGCCAAGGUCAAGAUGCACAUCAAGACUGCGGCAUCGGCUGCCCUAGUCUUGAGCAAGGCAGAGGGUAGCACUGCUGGCGACCCAGCGGUUUUUGCGGAAUCUUUCUACACCAGUGCGCAGGAUGUCCUUCUGCCAUACCUGGAUGCCCUUAGGGGUUCCUCAAUUGACGCCGAUGACCACAGCAUCUUCACUAAGUUGACCAAGAAGUACGAGGACCGAUUCAUGAAGGACAUGCGCGAUCUGAAUGUCCUCGAUCCGGAUGAGCUGACCCGCGUGACGGAGUAUGGUGCUGAGAUUGCCGAUUUCGUGGAGCGUAUCGUCAAGAACAAGUAUGGUUACGCCACUGAGGAUGGCUCCGUUUACUUCGAUAUCAGUGCUUUCGAGGCCGCAGGCCACGCCUACGCCCGCCUGGAGCCCUGGAGCCGAUCCGAUAACAAGUUGGCCGCUGAGGGUGAGGGCUCUUUGAUUACCAAAACCACAGAGAAGCGCAGCCCUUCUGACUUCGCUCUCUGGAAGUCCUCAAAGCCCGGCGAGCCCAGCUGGAGCAGCGCCUGGGGUAAGGGUCGUCCUGGAUGGCACAUUGAGUGCUCAGCCAUGGCCUCGGCUCGCCUGGGCAAGCAGAUGGAUAUUCACUCUGGUGGUAUUGAUCUUGCCUUCCCGCAUCACGAUAACGAGUUGGCCCAGAGUGAGGCGUACUGGGACGAUGGCCACCAGCAUGAGCAGUGGGUUAACUACUUCUUGCACAUGGGCCACCUGUCAAUUCAAGGCUCAAAGAUGUCCAAGUCGCUGAAGAACUUCACUACCAUCCGGGAAGCCCUCGACCGGAAAGACUGGACGCCGCGCAGUCUGCGUAUUGUCUUCCUUCUGGGUGGCUGGAAGGAGGGUUGCGAGAUUACCGAUGAGCUGGUUAGCGCUGGUAGCUCCUGGGAGGACAAGGUGAACAACUUCUUCCUCAAGAUGAAGGAUGCGGCUGCUCUUCAGGGCUCAGCCACCGAUACUACUUUCGGUGCUGAUCUCGAGGCUGCCAAGACGGCUGUGCACAAGUAUCUCUGCGAUUCGUUCAACACACCCGGCGUCAUGCAAACUAUUUCGGAGAUCAUUACGAAGUACAACAGCGCGGAUAAAGCUACCCUGAACCCUAAGGAUGUUGAGGCUGCUGCCCGCUGGGUGACCUCGCUUGUCAACACGCUCGGCUUGAACGGGGCCACGCCUGCCGACAGCACUGAGAUCGGUUGGUCAGGUAUUGAUGUGCCUGAGGAGGCCAAGCCUUUCCUGUACCCCCUUUCCACCAUGCGCGACACUCUCCGUCAAGCGGCUCGCUCCAAGGAGGGCAUCUCAUCGGAGCAAAUUGAAGAAGCAGUCAAGGAAACUUCGCCUUCUGAUGUUUCCGAGUCAGCCAAGCCUUACGCCGAGGUCCUGUCCAACUUCCGCACCAAGGUCUCAUCUUUGAAGUCCUCCGACUCGGCCGGCAAAGAUAUUCUCGCCCUCUGCGAUCGUGUUCGGGAUAUUGACUUGUUCGACCUGGGUAUCUAUCUCGAGGACCGCGACAACCUCCCCGCUCUUGUCCGUCUCGUCACCCGUGACAUGAUCCAAGCUCGGGAAGAGAAGGAAGCUCGUGCCAAACAGAAGCUUCUGGAGAAGCAGAAGCGGGAGCAGGAAGCUUUGAAGCAAUUGGAGAAGGGCAAGUUGAGCCACCUCGAGAUGUUCCGGACCAACGAGUACAGCGCUUGGGACGACGAAGGCCUGCCUACGCGUGAUGCUGCUGGUGAGGAGAUCACCAAGAGCCGCACCAAGAAGCUCCGUAAGGACUGGGAGCGCCAGAAGAAGGCGCACGAGGCUUGGUUGGCCAGCCAAGCUAAAUAGCCCACCACGCCGCACCCAAAAAGCCUUCCAUUAUUCUUUUUUAAUUUUCGCAGUUAUCUCGGGUGGUUCUUCGGACAUGCAUCGCGGGGCGUUUAUUUUGGUCUAUAGUUAGUCACAAGUACAUCUAUAAGCUUGUAUCUGUUUAACGCA